CAUCGGGGGUCGUCAAUGUGUGAAUGCUGCUCGCAAGGCAGAUGGCAACAAAUUACAAAUAGGGAGUAAAGGUAUUGUUUCAUGGAUCGAGGAAUUGGAAAUGUUUCAAAGAUGGUGUGAAGGCAGGACUGGAUAUCCCAUUGUUGAUGCCGGUAUGAGACAGCUAAAUGAAACCGGGUGGAUGCAUAAUAGGGUUAGGAUGAUUGUUGCCAUGUUUUUGGUUAAAGACUUGUUGAUUAAUUGGCCAAAAGGAGAGAAGUAUUUUAUGCAACAUUUAAUUGAUGGUGACUUUGCAAAUAAUAAUGAAGGAUGGCAAUGGUGCGCAUCUAGCGGAGCAGACGCUCAGCCAAAUUUUAGGAUAUUUAAUCCUCUUCUUCAAUCUCAGAAGUUUGACCGAGAUGGAAUCUACAUCCGGAAAUGGGUCCCUGAACUGAGGAAUCUGUCACCCAAACACAUCCACGAUCCAUAUGGUUUAUUGAGUCCAAAGGAAUUUCAGCAGUUAAG